CCUAGAUUGACGAGAUCGUGUCAGUUGUGCGUGAAAAUGAUCAACAUGGAAACGGAUAAGAUUAUCGGCGACACAAACACAAAUCUUCAGUGUCCAAUAACAAUACUCUAUGAUCCUACUCGCAAGAAAGAAUUACCGACAGGGGUAUCUCCACAGUAUGGUGAAGAAAAAGAAAUUUGUAUGAUACUUUUUGAGAAGUGGAGUGAACCCGAACAAAUCAAUUUUGUUGAACAGUUGCUGGCACGGAUGUGUCACUAUCAGCAUGGACACAUCAAUGCCUAUCUAAAGCCAAUGUUGCAGAGAGACUUUGUAUCUUUGUUACCAAAAAAAGGAUUGGACCAUGUGGCAGAAAGUAUUCUUUCCUAUCUGGAUGCUGACUCCUUAAUUGCAGCUGAAUUAGUAUGUAAAGAAUGGCACAGAGUAAUUAGCGAAGGAAUGCUUUGGAAAAAGUUAAUCGAGAGGAAAGUAAGGACUGAUUCAAUUUGGAGGGGUCUGGCUGAGAGGAGAGGAUGGAUUCAGUAUUUAUUCAAACCAAGACCAGGAGAGAGUCAUCCGAACCACAGUUUCUACAGAUCUCUUUAUCCUAAAAUAGUUAAAGAUAUUGAUAGUAUAGAUAAUAAUUGGAGAAUGGGAAGAUUUAAUCUUCAAAGAAUAAACUGUAGAAGUGAAAAUUCUAAAGGUGUUUACUGUUUGCAAUACGACGACCAGAAAAUCGUCUCUGGUCUUAGAGAUAAUACAAUUAAAAUUUGGGACAGAAACACCCUACAGUGUAUUAAAGUGUUGACGGGGCAUACUGGUUCUGUUCUCUGUUUACAAUACGACGACAAAGCAAUAAUAUCUGGUUCCUCUGAUAGCACUGUAAGAGUUUGGGAUGCUAAUACUGGUGAAAUGCUUAACACAUUGAUCCAUCAUUGUGAAGCAGUUCUACAUCUUAGAUUUAAUAACGGAAUGAUGGUCACUUGUUCGAAGGAUCGUUCAAUAGCUGUAUGGGACAUGACGUCACAAACGGAAAUCGCAUUGAGAAGAGUACUAGUGGGACACAGGGCAGCAGUUAAUGUUGUUGAUUUCGAUGAAAAAUAUAUUGUGUCGGCUAGUGGUGAUAGGACUAUCAAAGUAUGGAAUACAUCUACUUGCGAGUUUGUGCGAACGUUGAAUGGACAUAAACGGGGUAUAGCGUGUUUGCAAUAUAGGGACUGCUUAGUAGUUAGUGGUAGCAGUGAUAACACAAUCAGAUUAUGGGAUAUUGAAUGUGGUGCGUGCUUACGUGUUCUGGAAGGACACGAAGAAUUGGUCAGAUGUAUCAGAUUUGACAGUAAACACAUAGUCAGUGGAGCUUAUGAUGGCAAAAUUAAAGUGUGGGAUUUAGUAGCAGCAUUAGAUCCAAGAGCUUUAGCUAAUUCACUUUGUUUACGUACAUUAGUGGAGCAUACGGGACGUGUAUUCCGCCUUCAGUUUGACGAGUUUCAAAUAGUAUCGUCAUCGCACGAUGAUACAAUACUGAUUUGGGAUUUCCUCAAUUUCACCCCAUCGAAUGGAAGUGUAUCGCAUGGGUCAACAAUAAAUGCAUCUGGUGCAAAUCAGUCCCACACCAGAUCUCCAUCUCCGUUUGAGUGAUGCACUACUACGAAGAUUCCUUCAUUGUGAUAUAAUUACAAGUGGUUAGUGAGUGAGUUUCAAUGUGUUCACGGUAGUGUACGCAAAGAACGAAGAAUCAGUGUCCAGUGUGAACAGCGGCUAGACAGAAACAGAAUCUCAAAAAAGAUACGGUCAUUGACUUUUGUUCAGAAUUUGCUGUGGAAAGCAAAAGUUAAUCCUUUAAAAUAUGAUAUACAA